AUGAAGUCCUUAUCACCAGCCCUCGCGUCUCUCGCGAACGUCUUCAAGAUUCCCGUGUCAAUGGCGCCGGUCCGCCCAUCUAUUUCCCGGGCAUGCCACGAGACCCUGAACCGCCGAACACAACAGCCCGGCCCGGUCAUAGCAGCCCUGCAAUCAGCGCCAUUCUCGACGACAAGCGCAAUGGCCGCGAGGAAGGGAAACGGCCCUGUUAUUGACAAGCGCAUUACUCUGAUCCGCUAUUUCCUCCACCACCCUCUCACCCCGCGUCCCCUCCGCUUCUCUCGCAACCGUUACCUCCGCCACUGGACCAUCCACCGCGCUUGGCAAUUGUUCAAGGCCCAGCAACGCCGCACACACGAACUCGAGAUGAUGCGCCAGUACCAGAGUAUGCAGGAUGCGUGUGAGGAGUUGCGCACUGGUGCGGGAGAUGGAGGAAAGCUGUUCCGCGUCUCGAUGAACAAGAAGGGUAUCUUCACCGAUAUGUUCCCCAUCGAGUAUGCUCGCAUGCAGACUGAGUCCCCUCCUUCCGAUGGAUGGAACUAUGACUGGAAGAAGCCCGGACAGAAAUAG